AUGACUGCAUGCUUUUCAGAGUUAAUUUGUUGGCAUCAAAGUUUUGGACAUUACUGGUCAGAAAUUUGGAGUGCUUUUACGGACGCAUUUUACGACGUUUGUAUACAAAUAAUGAAAGUGAAAGAGUUGGAAAGAUUUGCUCAUUCUGCUUGGUCACCUCUUUCGCAUUGUCAUUCUUAUUUAGCUACAGUCACUGCAGAAGAUAAUCGUCAGUCAAAUGAUUUACACUUGGACGCAAAGAUAACUCCUUCAACUUUAGACAUUUUUGAAUUCAAUGUUAAGGAGAAAAGUUUGUCUAUGCAGUUAAAUGUCAGCUUACAAACUAAACAAAAAGGUACAUGCUUAUUGUGGACAGCACCAGUAAGCAACUUGGAGAUUGGUCUCCUUAUUUAUGGAUCAGCAUCAGGAAGUUUAUAUUUAUAUGACAGUCAAAAGAUAAUUUCUUUACAUCAAAAAUCACCUUCACAUGAUCAGAAAAUUAUUGAUUAUGAUGAUGAUAACUGUAAUAUUGAUAACAUCUAUGAUCAUAGUGGUCAGACAGUUGAGCAUUCUGUCUUCAUUAGUGAAUUUGACGCAUGCAGUUAUCUGUAUACUUCACGUGAAAAUGUUCACAAUGGAGUUGUAAGAAGUUUAGAUUUUAAUCGAUUCCAGACAAAUCUCUUCGCUUCUGUAUCCAACGAUGAAGAAAUAUUUAUUUGGGAUAUUGAAAAAAUGGAGCAACCAAUGUCACCUGGAGCAAAAAUUCAACCUUUAGAAAAUCUGUGUAAAGUUGCAUGGAAUCCACGUGUUCAGCAUAUACUAUGUACAACAAGCAUUGGUCGUUGUGUUAUCUGGGAUUUACGUAAAAGUGGACCAGUUUUACAGCUAACUAAAACAAUGUGUCAGCUAGAACCACAAAUUAUGGCAUGGAGUCCAGAUGUUGCAACUCGAUUGUGUAUAGCGGAUCCUAACAAUCCAAAUGCUGAUGUACAAUUAUGGGAUCUUCGUUAUCCAAAACAUAUGCUUGCCUUAUUAGGUCAUUGGCCACCAUCAAUAAAUACAUCUAGUCCGUUAACAGGUUGUGCACUAGGUAAUGCUGGUACAGUAAAUUCAUUAUCCUGGGGUAUACCUGAAUGUCAAAAGUCAAUGAAUAAAUCUUACUUAUACGAUACAGAUAUGAUUGUAAUGACGAUUGGUGCAUCUGGUGCAUUACCAACAUUGAAUGGUACUUGUGGGACAAAAUUAAAUCCAACAUAUGCUGAAAUGUUGGUUGUUUGGAGCGUUGAUCAAGCGUUAAGCUCGACGCCAGAUACUGGAACCACACAUGAAGUUACACCUGAACCGAUAUAUGUUGGUCGUUUAGAAGGAUUAGAUGAUCAAGAGUUGGCUAGCGCUUCAUCUUUCAAUGAAUUGCCAACAAAUGCUUCUGUUCAUUGGAUACCUAAUCAUCCGAAUUUAAUUUGUGUAACACAAUCAGAUGGUUGGAUUACUGUGCAUAAUUUAAUGAGUGGAUUAUUAAAACAUUCAGAUAAACAAAUAGAACAAGUGAAUAUUGAACGUUAUGUUAAACAACGUGCAUUAGCUCAAAAUUCACUUGGUAUGCAUACAUCGCAUAAAGUGGCUGAAGCAUUCGAUGAUGAACAGUCAUUGAUAUCAUUAAAUGAUAGUAUGAAUAUUAGAAAUAAUAAUAAUAAUACUAAUAAUUUCGAGUCAGAUUCAUUAUAUCCUGUUUCAAUGGGUGAUGCAGGUGCUGCCUGUAUAGGUCAACAACAACAACACCAGCAGCAGAUUAAUUCCUUGAUAGAUCAGUUAUCGAAUGAUUCUAGUUAUUAUCUGAAGUCACCAGUUUAUUCGCUUCCACAGCCUAUGCCCUUGUUACGUGUUGCACCAUGCUGGUUAAAGAGACCUUGUGGAGCUCAUUUUGCUUUUGGUGGUCGACUUGUCACCUUUUCAUCAUUAACUAUCCUUUCAUCAAAACGUACUCGUACUCUUAGUUCUAUGAGUGGUAAACGUUCUGAUCAAAAUCGACCUUCAGAAAUUGGUAUUGAACAAUCAAAUCAUCAGAUACAACCUCAACAACAACAACAUCAGCAACAAUCUUCAACAUUGUCUGAGUAUCAUCAAUCUAACUGUGGAGAAUCACAACUACAUUGUGUUUCCAUUAAAUGGAUUGAUGUAUUUCAACUUGAAUCGUCUUCAAUUGAGUCAUUCAAUUCUGAUUGUAGUAAGGAGAAUAAAACAAUGAAAAAUUCAAUUGAAGAUAUAAUUGAUUGUUUAGCCAAUGUACUUAAUUGUCCCAAUGAAUAUUUAAUAACAGUAUGUGAAAGGGCUAAAGAAUUAUUGGAUACAACAGGCAACAUUGAUUGUCGUCUAUCAACAAAUAGUCAAUCUAAUUUAACCUUAUGGAAUGUGAUUCGCGCUCGCUUAGAAGAACCAGCCUCUGUGAAAUCAUCGUUGUCCAGUUUACUUGGCUAUAGUAAACAAGAUUAUCAAGACUUUAGUAGAUGUACAUCUAAUGAUCAAUUAUUGGAUGCUUUGAAAAAUGCCCUAGUUACAGGUGAUUUUAUCUCAUCUAUUCGAAUAUGUUUACAUUCGAAUUUUUCAUCUUUAUUACUACCAGAUUUUUCUGUAUUGAAUAUAUUCGCUAUAAUGUUAACUGAUUCACAUCGUUCUGAUCAACCAGAAUUAUAUAAUGAAGUACAAAUAAAGCUGUUGAAUAUGUUGAAUGAUCUCUGUUUAAACAAUAAAUCAGUUAAUGCGUCAUCAUCAUCAUCAUCAUGUCUAAAUACAAUCCUUAUGUUAUUAAAUGGUGUAUUAAGUCGAAAUUGGUUAAAUAUUGUUAACAAUUGGCCAUUAACUGAUUGGUCAACUAUUCUAUCCACUUUUGUGAAUCAUUUAUGGGAUCAAGAUAUUGAUUUAUUACAAAGUUUAUGCUCUGUUAUCGUUAAACGUUUACUCAACAAUAAUGAGGGGAUAAAGAAUACACUUUCUUCUUAUGAUGCAGGAUUAGCAGCAUGUAUUUGUUGUAUUAUUAGUGGAGAUCUGGAUGGUUUAACGCAAUAUUGGCUGAAUUUAAAUAAUAUAAAUGAAAACCGAUUAGAUGAUAUGAUAAAAAUUUUGCCUUUAGCACUACAAUUGCUCUUUUUACUACGUAUAUCUCGGAAUAAUAGUAAUCAUAAUAAUGAUUCAUCUCAGUAUCUUCAAUCCAGUAAACUAUUAAUCAAUCUUGCUAUCUGGUUAGCAGAUACCAGAGGUGGUCAAAAUGAAAAGGAUACAUUACUUGCAUUGAAUCUAUUGACAAAAGCCAACUUGCCAUCAUCAACAUCGACUAAGUCAUUGUCUACACUGAAUGAUCUAAUCGAUUUAAGACAUCGUCUUUGGUGUAAUUUAAGUCUAGAACAACAGCAAGAAUUAUCUUUUGAACUACGACAACUUCUCCAGUGUCCAUAUCCGCAAACUGGAUGUCAUUGUGGUUUCUCAAAGUCGAACUCACUUGUUGACCAUGGUGCAUCACUUCAACAACACCAUGUGUAUACACAACAACAAUCCAUAUCUAAUAUUUACCAAGCACCACAGAACCUUCAGUCACAACCACAACUACCAUCAUUACAAUCUCCUAAUUUCUAUCCACCAACACCGUCAAAUGUACAAUUGAGAAAUCAGUCAUCAAAUAUUCUAAGUCAUCCUCUCUUCCCUCCUCAAUCGAUGCAAUCCUUGGGGAAAUUACCACAGCAGCAGCAGCAGCAGCAACAGCAGCAGGGUCGACAGUAUCAACGACAACAAUCGAAUCUCCAACAGAAUUCAAGUGGAUGUUUUGAACAAAAUCCGCCUAGUGCUUUCAAUCAUCCCAGUUUGUCUGGUGUUAUUGACCAAACAAAAAAUAUACAACUUAGUUCAGGCCAAAAUGGACCAUUUUCGGCUAACUCAAUAAAACCUCCCUUAUUACCACCGUCAGCCCCGAUUAACACAAAUUUUAGUGGAUCAAUUCCUCCUAAUUACCAGUUAUCAAAUAAUAUGCCAUAUGGGAUGCCUGCAUCUAAUAUGCAGUUCAGCGCACAACAGCAUCAACAACCGUCAGUACCACUUCCACCACCACCGCCGACGCAACAACAACUGCAACAGUCAAAACUUCGACAGGCCCCUACUUCUCCUGGUUGGAAUGAUCCACCAAUUUUAUCGGCUAAUAAACCAUCUCACCCAACAGUAUCACAUAAUCCAUAUUACAAUCCAAUAGAGUUCAGUAAUUCUUCUCUGCCUCAAUUGAAUAAUUAUAUUCCACAGAUGACUGAUUUUUCUAAAUCUAUACAACAACCAAAUAUGCCUCCUAUACCGCCUUUAUCAUCUGAAUCAUCUUUUAUAAAAUCAAGUCUACUACCUUAUCCUGCAUCAAUUAAUAAUUCUCUACCAUCUAUGAAUACAUUACAAUCAUCAUCUGUUCAACAAUUAACAACUCUUUCUACAUAUUCUCAGUUACAAGGAGGAAUUCAGCAACAAGAACAAUUUCAUAGUCAAUUUCAAUCAUCUAUAGAACAAAAUUCUCAAUUUUUCGGUUUAUCUUCAUCAUUAUCACAACCACAAUCAGUAGUAACUUCAUUAUCUACAUCAUCAUCAUCAUCAACUGUUUGGCCAGCAGCACAACCUUUAUGUUCCAGUAUAAAAGUGACUGACAAUACUACUUAUUAUAAUGAUAAUACUUUAACAUUAAAUUCUUCUGGUCAUGAUAUAAUUAAUAAUCUUGAUUCACAGUUAUUUCCACCAAUGAAAGACUCUAGAAAUAUUACAGAUAUUAAUAAUAAUUAUAUAUUACCAAAAGAAUAUGAAUCUAUUCAAAAACUGUUGAUUAAUUUAAUUCAAAAUUGUCGUCAAAUUGGAGGCAAGCAAUAUCGUAAUAAAAUGGAUGAUGUAGAGCGUCGAUUGGAACAAUUUUUUAAGAAUAUAUCCAUGGGUAAAUUACAGUUAACUGGUUCAUUAUUUGAGCAUCUACAACAGUGUACAUUGUUAGCUGAACAAUAUAAUUACCCUGAUGCUUUACAACAAGUCAAUUUGUUAAUUCAAUCAGCUUCUCAAUUACCAGAUAUUCAAUGUUUUGGUCCAGCGUUGAAAAUUCUAAUGCAAACAGCUAAACAAUUAUAUCCUACAUCAUCAUCAUCAGUGCAAUCCAAUACGACAGGAAUUAAUUCAUAUCCAGUUUCGUCUAGUCCUCAUCAGUUGUCUACUAUUCGUACAUCAUAG